CUACCAUCAUGCCUUCCGCGGAUGCUGCGCGACGAAGCCGGUCUGCUACAGCCAACACUGAAGAUGUCAUAUUUGUGAAAGACAGAUAUCCUGUGGCCUUCUUUUUUCAUCAGAGUGUCAGGGAAGGACGCGAUAUACUCGAACAGGAGAUCACGAGAUAUGGAGGUGAUGUAUGUGACGAUGAGCAACAAGCCAACGUGAUUUUGGUCGAUGAAGAAGCCGACAUUGAGCAUAUCCGCCGGCGCUACUACCGCUCAAAUGUCCUCUGGCAGCAGCGCGUCUAUAUUGAGCGUAGGGAUUUUAUCCGUCGAUGUAUUACAGCUGGAAAAUAUGAACAUCACCCUCCGCCAAGGAAGGGUAUGCCCGGUGCUUCGGUUGGGCGCACGCGCGUACCCUUUACAGCAGAAGAUGAUGCAAAUCUCGCGUUUUACAUUGCGACUGUAUAUCCUGAUCCUUCUGAUGGGGGACGCACUGGGAAUUUGGUGUACGAGCAGUUGACACAGCAGCUGGCUGAUGAGCCGGAAUAUAGAGCGUGGGCGAAAAGGCACACGUGGCAAUCCUGGCGCGAGCGCUACAGGAAGAAUCGCGUGCGUUUUGAUCCUAUAAUUGCAGGGUAUGCGGCGCACCUUAAGAAUGUGUCCCAUGGUUUCGGUAACGAUCCGCGCUCGCGUCGCUAUAGACGCGGAAGGAGUGCACAGCGGGAGGAAGAGGAGGAGGAGAGCGAUCGGGAACUAGAACAACAAGCAGAGGGUGGCGCUGGACCUGAUGACUUGGAUCACCGGGUGCCCGACGGCGUUCUACAAGCCCGCAACCAGGUUCAAGACAACAUUUCCGAUGAUGAACCCGGUCCUGCACAGGUUCAAUUGCGUAGGCGGCGUCGCGAUGAUCCUGAUACGUCUCAGCGUGCAAGUUUCCAAGAGGAGUCGCCUCAGAAGCGACAGCGUGUGGCAAGUCCGGCUACACCACCAGGACCUCUAGAGAAGGGACGGCGGAGAAGUGGUCAUGGCAGUCCUGGUCGAAUUUCGAAUGAGACCGAUGGAGGAUCACCGGAAGAAAGAAAUGAUGAGCCUUUCGCGCGGGGGGCGCUAGAUGGUGCGAUUAGUUUCGAUAUCGAUCAAAUACCCCAAUUCGAUGUGUUACCAGUUCCGCGAUCACCUGAGCAUGACGUUACAGGAGGUCAAUCCGAUGAACCACUGGCUACGCAGCAAACCUUAGUCAAUUCACCCAUUGACGUACGAUCAAGACGGGCCCCAAAUGCUCGAGCUACUGCUAUAGCUGUUCAAGCGACGUCGAUGAGUUCACAGGCUAUUUCAGUUGCACGACCCCUACGAGCUGCGCGAAGGCCACCUUCACGCCGUGGGCGAGCUCAGCGAGAACAGAGCCUCGCUGCCGAAGUGCGCACCCCUGCUGCCGGCACUGAAAGUCACUCACAAGUUAAACGUGUACGGACGUCGAGCAAAUCUCGCAGUCAUCAACCUGCUGUGGCCGCUUCUGACGCGCCAUAUCGCCACACUCGGGCAAGAUCGCAAUCAGUUGACCUGCCUCCACAACCUACGCCGGCAUCGAAGCGCCGGAGAGUAGUUUCGGCGAAGGGGAAAGCGAGAGAGCUGGAGCUGGAAGAGCUUCCUGAGGAAGAUGCCGAACGGAAUGUAGUCGAAGGCGGUGACUCUCAAGCUCACAUUUAUGAGGGUGUCGAGUUGGAAAGUCGAGCUGUUUCUGGACCGUCUCGAGCGAAGUGGGGGCUAGAAUUGGCUGAAAAUGAAGGGCAUUCAGCCGAGCAGGGCGAGCCAUCGAGGCGAGGACCACAGAUUCCAAAUCGCCGCCCGGAGACCGAGACAUUGCAAGAGCAGCAGGACGUGGAAGACUACUUUCUGAAAGAAAGGAGUAGUCUCUUGAUGAUCGACGUUGAACAAUCUAACGAGCCUUCUCCCGGACAACAAGAAUUCACAGUGGACUCCUCAUCUGAAGAUCCUUCCGACUCUGAUGAUGCAGCGACCCAUAAGAGUCUCCAACAUAGUACUAGUGGACAACGGCUCAAUAGGAUGGCAGCUGCUGGCUUCCGUACUCGUCUUCCGAGUACCUCAAACAAGGUGACCACCAGAUCAUCUGCAGUUCGAGUCACACGCCACGCGGCCCAAGCUCGUCCCUUCCCUUCUCCAGGCACCAAGGCAAAUAUUGCUAGAUUGCGAGAGAGGAGAGGGAAUUAAUAUUAAUCAACGUUGUCUAUAUAUCACUUAUCACACUAAUCAAUUGAUGCUAUGCGCACGGA